AUGCCCGUGUGGUGGGGGGCGCGGGCGGUCAGCAUGCGCGUGUGCUGCGUGACGACGGUGCUCGCGGCGCUGGCGCUGCGCGGAGCGGCCGAGCCGGCGCCGCGCCGCUACCCCGCCGAGUGGCGCAGCGGACGCGAGCUGGCGCGCUCCCGCCCGCUCCACGAGCUCUUCGAGCCGGAGCCGGCGCCCGCCGAGGCGUACGCGCCGCACGCGCCGCCGCCGGUGCCCAACGAGCGCCGCCGCACGCGCGCCAGCAAGCGCGCGCCGCACCAGCUGCCCUCAGAAAUUGCAAGCCAGAUGAUGUUGCGAGCCUCGCGCUCUAACCGACCCUAUGACGUGCCGCAAAUCGAAUGUCCACCUGCCGCGGACGGCAUGGAGCGGUUCGCGUGCCCCACGCCCGACCGACAAGGGCGCUACCGCUGCAUCGACGACCAUGUCUUGUGUGACGGCUUCAUAGACUGCCCGAGCGGCGAAGACGAAGACCGACAAGCCUGCAUGUUCUAUAAAACGACAAAGGCCCACCUAGAUGUCCUGGCCGACGCGUUGCUGCGGUGGGCGCGCGGCCGCUAAGAACGGCACCCCUCCCGGAUCCUGACCCAUUAGUGCUCUAAUACUCCGCCAGUGCUACACGGACCUCAUGUAAAUUAUACGAUCGAUCGGCCCCCGUGCUUUUAAGCGAUCAGUGAAAGCUGCGAACUCCCAGGAAUAUUAUUCGGGCGCAACCAGUCAUAACUCGUACAUGCGUUGAACGUAAUGAAACAUAUCAAGUAGUGGUGCAGCCUAUGCCAAAACAUGACCACUUAAAGUGUAGUGUAAGGUUUCCGACUGCGAAAAACGAGACAACAGAAUUCGACGCGUGCUGGUGCGCGUGAGAGCAAAGUGACGGAAGGAAAGCAGUGAUACGAUCUGGUUUCGUCCCAAUUAAACUUCUCCGCAGCUGAUUUAUUUUCCAUGUAUUUCAAACCUUCUAGCACUUAUUAAACUAAAAUGUGAGACUGGUAGUCACCAUUGUUAGACAGUAGAACAUAUACAUAAAUAUUUUAGAAUAGUACUUCAUUUGACGAAACGUAAAUGUUUGUCGAUUUGUUAAAAUAUUUAUUCACUUUAUGUAUUUACUCUACAUUAAGUUACGACAUUCCUUAUUAUAAUGAGGGUUGUAAAGUAAAUAAGAGAAGUCUAAAAAUAUGUUGUAUAUAGAUAGAUAUCUAAUGAAUUAUUUGUAUUUAUUUAAUUAGUCGGCCUAUGACGUGCACUCGACGGCUGUUCCCACCGCGGCGACCCUCGAGCGUGGCGGACAGUCGUCGCUUUCACAAUAAUUAUCUCUUACUUUUCCUGGUUUGUCAAUAACGAUGUACUUAAGUACAUUAUUCUCAAAAGACAAUUAUUAAGAUGUGAGAGCAUUAUGUAUUUUAACAUAAAUUAAUCUCGACUAGAGGCAGCUAUUAUUGUGUACUAUUAAUAUAAUCCACAAAUAUUAUUUAGUAUAGUCAUUAAUUUAUAAUAUUAGUUUCUGAUACUUUUCAAUACGACUAGUAUGAGGUUAUUAGGUAUUUUGACUGAAAUAUAGUUAUCUGUUAUUGUCCUUUGCCGAACAAGUCUGGGGAACUUCCUUGACGUAUCUAGCAUUUUCUAGUCAAAAUCAGUUCCUAUUGUUUAAGACAUUGUGUUGUUAUUUUUGUAGAUAGAUGAUAAGUUUUUGUAAGUUAAGUUGUUAUGUUAUUACUGAUACAAUGUAUAUCAACAACAAGAAGGCGUCUGUUAUGAACUGUCUCUGAUUCGUUAGUAUAACAUUGAGCGCGAUAUAAUUAUAUCUGACACGUGCUACUAUUUUCUUGUAGCUAUCAAAGUCCGGACGUUUCUGGGAAGCGUUCCGAUCAAACCCGGCAAUUGACAGCAACAAAUUAUUAGCAAUUAUAUCCCCAACACCUACACGGACAAACUGCCUCAAGUAAGUGGGUAUACGUAAGCUUAUACCUUAAAACAAACAAUUAUCUUAUUACCAGUUGCCUUCACCAAACCUUUGUAGGAAAAAUUUUGUAUUGCUCAUAUCCACAAAUAGUUUUCUAGAUAAUAAGACCAUAACUCAAUAAAUGUAUUACACAAGUGAUAAUUUAUUGAGUUAUUAAAAAGUAGAGUUUAGGAAUUAGA